UUGAACCUGGUGAACUUGGGACUUUAGAGCCUCAGGCAUGAGAGUUCCUUUGAAUAACCAUUAUGCGAUCUACCCCCACAACCACUGAGACAGUCUCCAUCAGUGCAUCCUCCACAUCAAAACUAGGCAGCUUUGCUGGACAUCACAAAGGUAUUCAGAUGUAAGGGAAGAGACCACAGCAGGGCCAUCCCAUCAGGGGGUUCUAGGGGGCAGUGUUAGCUCUCUAGUUGGGUGGGUGAGCAGGCCGCUUUUGGAAGCGCCACAUUAAUGAUUCCAGUAUCUACUGCGAAUGGGUUUGUCUGGCUGUUUCUUCACGGUUCAUUUUACAGGACUGUCGCAAUUUCUCGCACGUGAUGCUUUUUUUGUUUUUGUUUUGUAUCCAGGGUUGCUGCUGGGGCCCUGCACUACGAAUCCAGUGCUCCUGGAGGCUAUUUUUUCCUUUUUGUUGACCUUGUUGUUUAUCGUUAUUACUACUAUUGUUGUUGGAUAGGACAGAGAGAAAUCAAGAAAGGAGAGAGGGGAAGAGAGACACCUUCAGACCUGGUCCACCGCUUGUGAAGCCGGAGGCUCGAACCGGGUUCCUUCCGCCAGUCCUUGCGCUUUGCGCCACGCGCGUUUAGCCCGCUGCGCUACCGCUCCGCCCCUACAUAAUGCCUUUUGCAACUCAAUUUACUGACCAAACUCCAGACUGUUGUACAUCUGGCCAGGUGACCUUGCUCCUCCGCAGUCACCAACAUGGCCGCUCCGCGCUACAGCCAAGGCCGCCCCAGAGGGUGUGUAACGCGGCAGCUCCUAGCCAAUGGGUGUGCACGUCUGGCCGCAGCCAAUGGAGAAGCAGCGCGGCCCCCAGCCAAUGGGAAGGCAGCGCGGGUCCGGAGCUGUUUUAGGCAUGUCUGACCCGGAGGCGCCGGAGGUUCCCUCAGAACCCGGGUCGCAGAACCCCCGGAGGACGUGGGCCCAAUUGCUGGCUGGAAGAGUUAAAAGGCAAAAAUGUGACCCUGAAAGAGAACAGAAGUUAAGACAGUCGGCUGUGUGCCUCUUGAGAAGCCAUCUCAACUUGAAUGACCUUUUGCUUGAGGUAGAAGAUAUACCACAUAAGAAAUUACAUCUCAGCCCUUUGAUUGAUGGUGACAGUUCUGAAACAGACACUUAUCUUUCUAAUUCAUUUAUAGGUUCUGCUUUGCAAGAUCAAGCUUCGCAGCUGGGGGUUCCAGUACCAAUCCUAAGCAGCCAGAUGGUGGCCAACAGAUUUGUGCAGAUAUGUGAGGGGGACCCAGGGCCUUCCCACAAAGUGCUGCUGAGCUCAGAACAAAGAAAGAAACUCUCUUCCUUGUUAGAGCUUACUCACUAUUUAUUAACACGUGGUAUGUUCUCUCGUCUCGCCUUCUGUCAGGAACUGUGGAAAGUACAGAAUUCUUUGUUGUUUGAAGCUAUAUGGCAUCUUCAUGUGAAAAAUAUUGUGAACUUCCAGGAGCUGCUGGAAAGCCAUUCCAACAUGCAAGGUGUGGUUGCUUGGCUCUUAAGGAACUUGCACCUUCUGUGUGAACAAACAGAGGAGUCCUGCAAGAACUCUGACAUCGCCAAAAACACGCUUUCUGAUCUUGUGCAGAUGUUCAUUUUGAGGGGAUUUCAGAAAACCUCAGAUCUGAGAAGAAAUGUGGAAUCUAAACAGAUGCCCCAGAUUGCCAUGGCUGUGCUUCAGGGAAUGCUCACUUUUGCACUUGAAGCUUUGACUACCAGUGUGCAGGAGGGGUCUUCUACGUACAAGGUGGUGGCAUCUUGGUUCAGCAUGUUCAGUAGUCACACUUACAGAGCUGUGAUUGCAACAGAGUCUCCAAAGAGGUUUUUCAAUCAAACUCUAAUUCAGGUUCUCACCUAUAAGCCUGUGCUGAAAGUGUCAGAUGCUAUUCAAAUGCAAAGAGAUUGGAGCUUUGUGAAGGCCCACCCACUGCUCACCAGCCUGUACCGCAGGCUAUUUGUGAUCCUGAGUCCAGAAGAGCUGGUUGACCUUUUACAGGAAGUUCUGGGGACACAGGAGGUGAACUGGGCACAUGUGCUAUCCUGUGUGUCUACAAUGGUGGUCUGUCUGCCAGAGGCCCAGCAGCUGGUUCAUGGUGCGCUCUGGUGUGGGAACCCUAAGAUGUAUUGGGUGGCCCGUCGACUGGCCCAUGCAUUUGAGAACUGUGACCUAGACAGCUUGGUCAUUGCCUUCCUGGUUGUACGUCAGGCUGCACUAGAGGGUCCUGCUAUGUUCCUGCCUUACUCAGUCUGGUUCAAGAACAACUUUGGGAACUAUCAUAGCUACCACAGUGGUAGCAAGAAAGCACUGGUGUUCCUCCUCAAGUUCCUGACUGACCUCAUGCCCUAUGAGGCCCCCCGGUACCUGCAGGUGCACCUCCUCCACCCACCAUUGGUUCCAGGCAAGUACCGCUCCCUCCUUAUGGACUACAUCACCCUGGCCAAGACUCGACUAUCCGACCUCAAGGUUCCUGUGGAGACUAUGGGACUCUAUGAGAAUUUGUCUUCCACUGAGGAUGUCAAACAGCCCCAAAACCAAGCACCUCAGGAUGUUGAGAAGGCCAUCACAGUGUUUGAACACACAGGGAAGAUCCCCCUUGCUGUCUUGGAGGCCAGCAUUUUCAGGAGGCCUUACUAUGUGUCUCACUUCCUUCCUGCCCUGCUUACUCCUCGAGCGCUUCCACAUGUCCCUGACUCCCGAAUGGCCUUCAUAGAGGCCCUGAAGAGAGCAGAUAAAAUCCCCCCAUCUCUGUACUCCACCUAUUGCCAAACCUGCUCUGUUAUUGCACACAAGAAACCAGAAACCCCAGGAUCAAAAUCAGAAGAGCCACUGGGUCCACUCAGGGCAGCACUGGAGGAACUCAGGGCCUUGAUGACAGACCUCACUCGGCAUGACGUUGUAUCUGCUCAGAUGGCUCUGAUUUAUGAAAGACUCAACAUUGCUUUGGGCCAUAGCAAGGAUGGUGACUAUACUGAGGUGUCCAGAAUUGAGCUGAAUGUCCUUGCCCCAGAACUGGAGCCACAGGAACAGAUGGUGGUGGAUCUGCUGCUGAUGGCUUUUUGUCAGAACCUAAUGACAGCCUCCCGCUUUGCCCCACCUGACAGGCAAGGCACCUGGGCAGCCUGCUUUGUGGCUACCAUGUGUGGGCACAUGCUCCUCCCUGCCAUACUCACCAGACUCUGCCAGCUGAUACACCACCAGGGCCCAGGCCUGAGUGCUUCCCAUGUUUUGGGGUUGGCCGCCCUGGCAGUCCAUCUCAGUGGGUCCCAGUCUGCUCUCCCAGAAGUACAGGUGGGCUCUCCCACCAGGAGUCUUACCAUCCCUGAGUUCCUCAACAGCCUUCUGACCUGUGCGACCAAGGAUUCCUCACUCUUCUGCUUGAAAUUUUGUACGGCGGCAAUUUCUUACUCUUGGUGUAAGUUUUCCUCUCAGUCACGUGACGUUUUGCAUAGAUGUUUAUCUCCAGGCCUUAUAAAAAAGUUUCAGUUCCUUGUGUUCAGAUUAUUCUCAGAAGCUCGGGACCCUCUGUUUCGGGAGGACACAGCUGUCCUUCCCUGGCAGUCCUUGUGUUGGCCCUCUGAAGACUGGCAACGAGCUGCCCUUUGUCUUUGGAAACAGCAAGCCUUCCAGGAACUGCUAAAGGAAAAAGAUUAUCAUUUAACUUACAGAGAUUGGUUACAGCUGGAAAUAGAAAUACGACCUGAAGUUGAUUCUCUUUCACAUACAGAACGGCGGGACUUCCACCAGUGGGCCAUCUAUGAACAUUUCCUGCCUGCAUCCUCUGCUGCUGGGGGUUGUGAAGGAAACCUGGAAGUGGCAUGCAUGGUUAUUGUUGAUGUGCUGAUAAACUUCUGCCAAAGUUCACGGAACUACUGCCAUCAAGAGAAUUUACAUUUGGUCCUCAGUGACUGCACUGGAAACCGGGAUAUUCUCUGCAGAUUACAGGAGAUGGCUGCUGACCUGGAGCGGGUCCCAGGGACACCCCAGGACUCCUCUCUUUCUCAGGGCCACUUCCUCCUCCGGACUUUCCACAGAAGGCUCCAGACUCUGUCCAAUGGUUGGGAUGAAGCUGCCCGCCUUCAGAGACAACAGGAGCUGCUUAUAUAUAAAUGGAUCCUCCUUAGCCUGCCCCCAACCCUUCUUAUCAGCAACACUCCGGCAGAACAGCCAGCCGCCCUAGACUGCACUGGCUUCUUCCACUUGGUCAAUGCUGAGCUGAGAAAUUUCUGUUUCCAUGGAGGCACCCUAACCCAUGACAUUACUGCCCACUUCUUCAGAGGAAUCCUCAGUGCCUGUAUACAGAGCAGAGACCCCUCCCCAACCAUUGACCUUACCCUGGUGGCAUGCCAAACGGAAUGUCCUCUGCUUCUGACUUCUGCUCUGCUAUGGUGGCCCCGCUUGGAAGCUGAGCUCAGCUGUCGGUGGAGGAGACAUUCCCUGAGCCCACUGCCCCAGCAGCUACAGAGGCUGCAAGAGGCCCAGCAUUUUGCCAGGAGCUUCCUCUGCUCUGACACAGCACAUGCCCCACCAGGCCCAGCCUGGGUCUCUGCUGCAGCACUGCACUUCAUGAUUCAGCAGGCCUGGGAGGAUAAUGUGCCCAGCCAGCUGGGGAAGCUGCAGCACCAAGGAGAGCAGCUAUUGGUUUUCCUGUUUUUCUUUUCCUUAAUAAGCCUGCUUUCCUCCCACCUGACCCCAAAGGCUGCUGGCUCCCAGAAGGCUUUGGGCAUUUGUGCUGAGAUUCUGAGAUGUUUGGAGAAGCGGAAGAUUCCCUGGUUAGGACUCUUUCAGUUGACAGACAAAGAUGGUGGCCUGGGACGCAUCCUGCUCCGCCUGGUGCCUGAUCAGUAUAUCAGGCUUCUGCCUUUUGCAUUCUAUAGCCUCCUACCCUACUUUAACCACGACAUCCUCGUCAGGGAAAGCACCUUCCUACAUGUUGCUGUUGACAUGUAUUUGAAGCUGACCUGCCUCUUCGUGGCUGGGGAGACUGGUGCAGUGUCAGUCGUAGUUGGGAAGAGUCAGAACCAGGAUGACCCUGUAGGCCUAAUGAUGAAAGCACGUCUUUUCCUGCUGAACACAAUACCACAGUGCCCUCAAAAGAGCUUCUCAAACAUGGAAGAGCUGCUGGCCGCUAAUGCUGACUGUGACCCCGAAGUGAAAGCAGCCCUACAGCACAGGCAGCAGGUCCAGGCUGACACUGACCUUGACUGGGAGCCUCGUCUCUUCUGAAUGGACCCUUGGCAGUCUAAUCCUCUGUAGACAAACUGAUUAUAAGCACAAAAUGGAGUUCUUGUUGCUCUGGAAAGUGA